CUUUUAGUUUGUCCUAGAGACUUGUUUCAUCAUCACUCAGCUAAUAUUACCCAAUGCAUCUCAUUAGAUGUAACUGAUGACCACACACAAUCUUCAAGCAAUACUAGUAGUGUAUUGGGACUUAGAAGACACAGUGAAGAUGAAUCCUCUGAAUCUGUUUUAACUAAUAAGAAACAAAGAUUUUUAUCUGAAGAUGAUGAUGAUGAUGAUCCUCCUCCCUCUCCUCUUAAUAAAGGAUAUGAUAAAAAAUCAACUGGAAAUAAACCACACAGAAUAAAAACUGGACAGCCCUCUGAUGAGGUUAGGAAAAUGAAACUAAAUGAAGAUCAUAAUGGUUCAUCAAGAAGUAAAAGGUUUAAAGUAUCUGGUAAUGACACUACUGCAGAAACAACUAUUGAACAGGAAAGCUCAUUGUCUCAUAAUGCAGAUAUCCUGUUGGAAAAGAAGCCACAAAUGAGUGAUUUUAUUAGUUUAUUUCAAUCUUCUGAAGCUCAUUAUAUGCUCAUUGGUAAAACACAGACUAAUACGCUGCUUGAGACAACAAUUCAAAACGACAAACCAGCUACUAAUUGCUCACCCACACAGAUCAGUGGGUACAAUGAUGAUCAACAAAAAGUUAUAUUGACUAUCAGGGAUCUGGUAGAUAUUAUACGAGUGUUAAAAGAUGGUCACUUUCAAACUAUAAAAUGGUUUGAUCUUGGUCUCUACUUGGGUCUGAUUCAUAAUGAUCUCAAGGUUAUUGAGACUAACUAUCCACGAGAUGCUGAGCGAUGUCUUAGAGAAUGUUUAGCAAAAUGGCUUACAGAUGAUAUUGAAGCAACAUGGAACAAAAUAGCUAUUGCUGUAGGUGAAGUAGGAGAGACAUCGGUUGCUGAAUAUAUACAUGAUCGGUUUUUUCAAGGAUAACAAAUUUGCAGAUUUUU